ACCUUACUCUCACCCACAAGAAGGCCAGACAGCUUUUAAUAAGGCAGACAAGUGUGGCGGUGAGGGCGUGAAACAUUCAAUGGGGUGGUGUGGGCGGCAGGAUGAAGACUGAGGGAGCUGAAAGUGACCCCGUGGUGGCUGAGAUUCCUGUGUAUCUGUCCAAAACUUUGUUGGAUAAGCUGUAUGUGCUGCAGUACCCAGUGCGUCCUUGUUCUCACUCCUACGAUAAUGCCACAGUCCUCAAGACUAAAAUUCGGCCUCAGAGUGGACACGUAGAGAUAGAGAUGGGGCUGAGGACCAGAGGACCCACUUAUGACAAGAGCAAAGGAGAGCAGAUUGCUUAUAAUGUGGAUGGAGCAUACAGGGAGAUGAGAGAUUCUGAAGAUAACUUUUAUAAGAGUAAUGUUAUGGACAAGAUAGUGUUGACAUCGAGCAAGGCCUUGAGUGAUACAAGCCGCUAUGCUGUUGGUGUUGUGCGGGACAACAGCUUGCACCUCACGCCAGUCACCACAGUCCUUGCCUUGCGGCCUUCCUUUUCCUACUUGGAUCAGGCAGACAAGCGGAGUCGGCAGGACCGAAAGGAUACAACUGGGGAAGAAGAUUCUGAUGAGGAAGAAAAAGCCAAAAAAGUAACUGUGAGAUUUGAGAAGCCAGAAACUGAGAAAAGCCGUAAGGCUAAAGAAAAGAGUUAUGGGUUCCUAUUGCGAAAGAUUCAUGAAGAGCCAUGGAUUGAAGUAGAUUAUCACAAGUCUGGUGGAGAGCAUAGUGAGUUUGAGAAGAGGAAGCUUUACUGCCUUUAUGAGGAUGAACAUAUUGAUCAGUUCAGCCUUAAUGCUGAUGAAUACAUGAAGCACUUGGUGCCACCCACAGAGGAAGUGCAGGUUGUUGCUCCUGGCUUACCUGCCCACCUCAUGUCUCGCUCAGCCCUGGCCUCCCUCCCUUUGCAUGACCGAGUCAAGACAGUCAUGGUCAAUGCUGGUGUUGCAUCCUUUGUGGAGCUUCUCGGUGUGCUGGGUAUGGGUGCCAACACAGAGUCAUCCCAGUCAGUGCUAAAAGUGCUGCAGCAGGUGGCAGUUCUUGUACAAGGAAACUGGGUAGUCAAGUCAGAUAUUAUCUAUCCCAAAGACAGCAAAUCAGAGUGUGGUGUGCCAAAUGAUCUCAUCCAGCGAGGGAGGGACUAUGUGCUAUACCUGUUCACAAAAAAGACUGGUGUCACCCGAGGAGAAGUGGCAGAUGUGGUAGGGCUGCCCAGUAGUGACCUGAAGGAAAUUCUGCGUGGAGUGUCACGCUACAGGGGCACUCGUGCCAUUUGGGAGUUCCUUCUGCCAACAGACAGUACUUUCUUGAACAAGUACCCAGAUGUAGUGCAGCGGCAGCAGAUGAUCUGGCAGUCAAGGAGUGAGCAGUUGGCACAUAAUUUUAAGGAGAAAACGAGUGGUGAAGGUAGCAAGGGUACAAACUCCACCAGUCCACAGAAGAAAGGUCGAUCUGUCCGUGUGAAAAGUGAGCCAGUUGAGGAUGUGGCGGACGGUGAGGCCCAGCCCGCCCCAGCCAAGCAGCGCCGGGCUAACAGGGAUACUAGAUGAAACAGGCAUGGAUAGGAACUUGAGGAACUGUAUUCCUUGAGGCUUCCUCUAUCAAAACUAUUCCGGGAUCUGUUAAUCCUUGUUCUUGUUUAUUUAGCUGUAUUCUGUAUUUAAUUAAUAAGCUACUAAUUAAAUUACAAAGUAAAA